AUGGAUGUGGGAGUAUGUGUUCCUGGGGACUGGAUACUGCUGAUAGGUGCCGUGCAUGAGUGUACGGAGAGCGAGAGCCCAGGCCGGCCAGUGAGAUCCCUCCUGGGGAGACGUGGCUGCUGUGCUGGAGCCCGUGAUAGCUGUGGGCCUUCCCUUCACAGUGGGAGCUGGAGGAGCAGGAGCAGGACCCAGGAGGUCUGCAAGCAGGGGCUGAGGGUGCAGAAGUCCCUUGUGUUGUCUAGACUGGAGCCAGUCCAGCAGCAAGAGAUUUGGGGGCAGGACGCGGUGCAGGCCAUACAGCCCCCUUGUGAGGCUGUGCUGCUGUCCGUGACUCCACAGCUGGUACCGUGGGAUGAGCUCCCCACCCCAGAGUCCUGGCGCCAGCUCUUCCGUGGCCUGCGCUACCGGGAAGCCGAGGGCCCAGGGAAGAUUUGCAGCCACCUGCGGGUGUGCCGGCACUGGCUGGAGCCCCAGGGCCGCAGCAAGGAGCAGAUGCUGGAGCUGGUGGUGCUGGAGCAGUUCCUGGCCAUCUUGCCCCAGGAGAUGCGGAGCUGGGUGUGCGGGUGCCACGUGGAGACCUGCGCCGAGGCCGUGGCCCUGGCCGAGGGGUUUCAGCUGGGGCAGGCAGUGGAUGACAAGCUCCAGGUCACAGUGCAUAUGAAGGUCGAGGAGGUGUCUUCAGACAAGAUGCAGCCCACUGGGGCCCUGGCAGAGCCUGGUGAUUCCUGGGUGCAGCAGCCAAAGGCCCAUGUUGAGGACAGAUGGAUUGCAGAUUGGCUGAAGGGUCGCACUCAGAGGGUGGUGGUGGAUGGAUCAUAUUCGACUUGGGGGGAGGUGGGUA